AUGUUACUUCAUAAAUAUUUAUUCGUUUUACUUAUUUGUUUAGAAUUUUCAUUCACAUUUAGACUAAAUUCUUCUUUACUAAAAAAUUACUUAAAUACAUCAAUUAUAGGUUUACAAAACGAUAGAAAUUAUUUUUGUAAAAAUAAAAGGAGUUUUUCUUUAUUUGGUGUGCCGAAGAAAAAAAGCUCUCAUAGAAGAACUAGGAGAAGAAAAGUAGCAUGGAUGAAAAAAAACCCAGCUAAAUUGCACAGAACUAGUUCCUAUGACAUAGAUGAAGUAAUGCGGUACACUGACAGGAAAUUGACUGCACAUUUUACAACGAGAGACAAUUGGUUAAAUCUCCCUCCAACGACUUUAAUAAACGAUUUUUUUUUGUUUAGAGAAAUUAGAAACUAA